AUGUCGCUACUUUGGAGCUGGUGUAAAGGGGAGGGAGUAGAUCCUAGUCAUGCCGUAGUGGUCAGUGAUGUUCCUGAUGACACAGAGGUAGGUGAAAUAGAGAACACCCUUCAAAACAUUAAGACUUUGGGGAGGGUGCGUGUGCGUGGUCGCCUGUUUGACCCCCAUACUCAGAGGCUUGUAGUACUGUGUGAGUGCAAAGAGGUGGUUAGCGCAGAGGCCCUGCCUAGUGAAGUGUACCCAGCAUCUGGGGAUAGCCCAUGGAUACUCAGAGGGUCAGAUGAUGAAGUCACUACUGUAGUGUUUGAGACCAAGGGCACCAACCACACACCCCCACAGCUACCGCCACGCCACCCAAGAGGCAACACCCAGCCUGAAACCCCUUCUCCUGAUGUGCCAGCCUCCAUUCCCGUGGACACCUUUUUCAAAGUGGUGGAAAACCUCAUUGAAAACACCACAAGACCAUACGAGGGCACCGCAUUCAGACGACUACGAGUUUUUUCAGGUGUCCUUCCCACUCCUGCUGGAGAAGAGAGCCUUGACACCUGGUUAGACCAAGCACGCCUGAUGAUCGACGAAAGUGAACUUCCACGCCGGGAAAAAAGGAAAAGAAUUAUCGAAUGUUUGAGGGGUCCAGCAUUCGAUAUAGCUCAGGCUGUUCGUAGUAACGACCCUGACGCCACCCCUGAUGACUACCUAACAGCAUUGGAAAAGGCCUUUGGAUCCACAGAGUCUGGAGAAGAUGUUUAUAUUGCUUUUAGAUCCAUGCAGCAGCACGCUGGAGAGAAGUUGUCAGACUUUCUGAGACGAAUUGAGUGUUCGCUGACCAAGGUUGUUCAGAAAGGAGGACUUCACACAUCCCAAAGAGACCGGGCCCGAGUAGAACAGUUACUGCGAGGAGCAGUUGAGUCAGACUUAAUGUUGGUGCAGUUACGACUGAGAGAGAGAAAACACCACCCUCCCACCUUCCUUACACUCUUACAUGAGAUUCGUGAAGAGGAAGAGCGACAGCUGGCAAGAGGAAGAGCGACAGCUGGCACGCUGCAAGUCCACUCCCAGUGCACGUAA